GGAACCUUUACAGCGUGUGUUUUCUGUAACCGGGCGGAAGAGUUUGGUGGACCGAUUGUUAUGAUGGGGUUUGAGUGGCCGUGGCAGUACAAUUUUCCGCCGUUCUACACGUUGCAACCGAAUGUUGAUACCAGACAAAAGCAGUUGUCAGCAUGGGGCUCUUUAGUUCUGUCCUACUGCCGGCACAACAAAUUAUACACGCUGAAUAUUAUGGAAAUCCAGGAAAGCCCGUUGUUUAACAAUAAGAAAAUACAAAGAAGAUUAUCUUUGGAAUCUGUUCUGGUGAUUUUGGAGGAACUCAGGAAAAAAGGUGACCUUGAGUGGUUAGACAAAAACAAGUCUAGGUUCCUGAUCAUGUGGAGGAGACCUGAUGAGUGGGGAAAAGUUAUCUAUCAAUGGGUGUCAAAAAUUGGUAUGGCCAAUUCUGUGUUCACACUUUAUGAACUGAUUAGUGGUGAUGACACGGUGGGGGAAGAAUUCCAUGGACUGGAUGAGACCAUGCUACUUCGAUCAUUGGAAGCCCUGCAGUUGGAACAUAAAGCAGAGAUUAUUACGCUAAAUGAUGGCAAAGGAGUAAAGUUCUUUUAAUCUUGUUCCAGGUGUCAGUCAAGUGGAUAUGGAAACAAGUUUAUGCCAGUUAAGAAUGUAUUGUAGGACCUGCUACAUAUAUGUAUACCUUGCAUUUCUGGAGUCGGUGUCUUUGUACUUAGUAUACACUGGAUCGUGCCAGGAAGUGCAGUUCUGUUUUAAGUUUUUUUAUUUAUAUAUUUUUUGCUCUAUAUGUAUCCAAACAACAAAAAUGAAUGCAAUUUUUGUUUAAUGUCUUAAUCUUCUCUUCUUAACUGCUUAAAUUUGAAUUUUCCCUAAAUCUUCUAAAAUGGUAUCUUGAGGUUUUAUAUUUAAUGUAAGUUUUUGGCUUGGGUUUAUUGUAAUCCUGUGUACAACUAUUCAACAUAUAAUGUUGUUGUCACUUCUCUGUGUAUAUAUGGAGGGUAUAUACUUUUUAAGGUAUUAAAAUACAUUUAAAUGCU